AUGUCUGAAUUUGAGGCAAUCGGGUUGGUAUUAAGGGCAUAUCCCUUGAUCGUCCAAGUUCUUCAACUAUACAAGGGUGCAAAUAAUGCCCAAGAUUGGGAGCUUUUAUACGAUGAAUUCGGAGUCGAAGAGAUUAUUUAUGUCGAAUGUGUUCGACAUCUUCUCGCAUCCGAUAUCUCCGAAGCUGAUCUUCUGCAACUGAGCACAAGAGACAAACCAAAUCAGGCUCUUUGGAAGGACCCGGCACUUGACAGAAGCCUUCGCAGCCGUCUGGGAGAUGAGAAGUCCCCCAUAGUCCUCAAGACUCUACAAGAAAUGGACAACCUCUUGGCGACGUUGAAUGAAAGACUCAAGAGCCAUGCGAUCUCUACGGAACGUUCAGGGUUGGGAAUACGCAGUGUUUUUCGAAGUGUGAAAACGAUACCCCUCCAAGCGGCUGUUAGAGAGAGCCUACGCAAGCUACAUGAACUGAAUGGCCGACUUCAGAGACUUCUUACCAACAGCGCGAGCCCUGGGUAUCCAGCUCAAGGACGAACACCGAAAACUUCUACCAAACUUCCUGACGACGUCCUCCGCCGAAUAUCCGCACAAGCAAACGAGUUUUACGAUGCCUUAAAUGAGGGCUACAAAUGCGACUGCCCGAAAGGACAUGAGGCGAGCCUAGGUCCACACUCGCCGGAAGAUCUAGAUCUAACUCAACCUUUUGAGAUCGUGUUCCCCGUGGAUGAAGAUAUUGCGAAGGUGUUUGCGGACGGCCCAACUUCGCCCACUGCUAGCAGCAUAGAUCUUGAAAAUGACACCAUGAGCAUAUCAACCCAGCGACGUUGGUCACAUAGAGGCAGCUGUGAUACGAUGCCCUCAUCGCUCGGUAGUCCUGGCUGCUCGCCUCCUGCCCGUGGUCGAUCAUUCUCGCUCAGCAAAAGCAGUGGUCUUGAACAGGGAGGUCUCAUUGGCGACCUUUGCAACUUCAUUAAGACGCUCGGCGAGCAAAAUCCGAUACCCGCCCCUGCCUCUUGUCUCGGCGUUCUAGGCGUGAAAGAGAAGAAGUACAAGGUUCAAGUAACCUCCCUCGACGGCUACUCUUCCGAACCACCCAGCCUCUUGUCUCUAGAGGAGUACCUCUCCCCACCUCACAAAGACGAAAUCACCCGGAGAAAACGCAUGGAUCUAGCUCUCAGUCUGAGCCUUGCAAUUCUCCAAUUCUACAGGACGCCAUGGAUCGACAUGUGGUGGACCUGGAAAGACUUCUGCGUCCUGAAAGGCGACAAGUCGCAGAUCUUCGUGACGAAAAGGUUCUAUUCCUCGCACAGCCGUCUCAGUCCAAAGGCCCAGUCACACGCUGCCUCCACCUCCGCGUUCUGGGAAUGCUUCGGCGAGCCCGUACUCACGCGUCUCGGCUUCGCGCUCGUAGAGCUCGCUCUUGGACGGCGAUUGUCAGAACUGAGAGAUCAACAAGAAGAUAUAAUGCAAGGAGGGGAUGAAGAUAUGUUAGACCUCAUGACGGCGAAGCAUCUAGUUGGCGAGGGGAAGGUGCUUGAGGAGGCGGGGCAGUGCUAUCAUGAUGCUGUCCAGGCUUGUCUUACGCAUCAGGUUAUCAUGGGUACCGGCGUUAAGGGAUUGAAUUCGGCACAUGGGAACUUUCAGCUGGAUGUGGAGAGGUUUGUGGUCGCGCCGAUAAGGGAUAGCUUUCAGGCGAGUUGGGGGUUGAUUCCGAAGUUGGAGAUGUGA